GCUUGCUGCUUCUGUGGUUACUUACUGUCUUUGUAGAGUUGAACCAAGGAUAGCAAUAGUUUUCCCUUUAUUUUGAGCAGAGUGCUUCCCAAAGGGAGGCAGAGCAAACAAAGUGGUGCUAUAGCAUUAAAAUGUGCUAACUGGGUUGGAAACUGCCUUGGAGUGGUAGACUUCAUGUAGGGCAGCCUGUAGAGUGGUUUUGGUUAAGGCUAAAGCUGAGGCAUAGAGAGCUGUCUGUUUGAUGUGUGCACUGAGGAUACAGCUAUGUUCUACACUAAUAUUAAACUCCCAUAUUUCCCUUCAGCCCAUCGUUAAAUGUGGGAUAUGAUGGUGUUACACUGGAAAUUUUUGUGACACUUAUGUUAAGAGUAUAUGAAAAGAAGAGCUACUUGUAUGUAUGUCAUUUACUCAUUCAUGGCAAAAUAUCCACAUGUAUUUAUGUAUACAGAAUUUAACUGUCUUGUUUGGGGUAUCUGUUAGCAAUAUUUAUACAGUUAUUUAAUUUAUUACCCAUGUAUUUACUUAUAAGUAUCUGUAAAAGUGUAUUUCUUCAGGACAAAAGUAUCUUUUUGCUUGGGGUUGCACACCACCCAAGUUAAUGAAACGUGGAUGGUGAAACCAUGGAGUUCGUUGUGCAGGGUGAUGUAUGUGCCUGGUUACAGCAGCGGUCAGACAACAUCACAGGCAAAAAAGUACCACAGGGAUUUUUUAAGCACAAAGAUAAAACUUCAGCUAUUUCUGGGCUGCUUGUGAGAGGAAGCUGGAUAAAUAUCACUGUAUAUUUGCCCUACUGCUGUAAUAUUUCCCCUGAGCUUUAUUAUUAACCAGUAUUAGAUACAGGACGUUGGGCUGUUGGUCUGUCCCAGUACAGCCAUCCUUGUGUUCUGUAGCUGGAUUCCAGCAUGCUUAAGGGUACAUGCCAUUGGUAUCUCUGGAACAAACCUCUUCUGUUUAUCUUGGAGAACUAAAUGUGCUGCUUUGCCAGAACUGACAUAUCUUCUUGAAGUCUUUUAACUGAGGGAAAAUGGUUGGGUGAUGAUGAAAUCUAGCUUUCUGCCUUUUUUUUGUAUGCUGCUGACAUGCUUCAGACACUAAGUGAAGCAGCUCAGAAUUGUUCUCAGAUCCAAAGCUUUUUGAUUGGUGAGCAUGAGGUAACUUCAUUUGGAACUUGGUUUUGGAGUGUCAUCACUUGAAAAGCGAAUGGAAAAAUAAAUCUGCUUUAGAUUAAAGUAUUUAGUGUAUUGAGCAUAUGAGCAGCUUAAUUUCUCAAUGUUGUUUGUAUCAGCAGGAUGCUUUAUUCAGCUUCAAAAGCCAAGGAGAUGUAGAUUAACUUUGCCUGUGGUCCUUUGUAUCUUUGCAAAGCAAGAUAAAUUUGUCCUUCAAGGGCUGUAGUUCUUUUCAAGUGACUUUCUAGCCUUUUACAUUCACCUUACUAAAGUUGUAAACAGUUAAAAUGUCACAGCCAAGAAGAUCCAUUUCAGGACCCGUUUUAUGUGGUGUAGUGAAGAAGAUAAAGCUGGUCACCUUGUAAUGGAAGAAAAUGGAGAUGACCAUGACAUUGCUAUGGAAGGAUCUAAUGAUUUGUUCAUAGGCAACUGUAAUGGUACAGGAGAGUCAGAAACAAAGGAUCAGGUUUUUCAGCAUUUAACCUGCAUGGAUUCCAGGGAUCUAUUGUUUGGACGGAGUGACUCUCCUCCAGUCUUGCCCAUCACAGUACGCCUCUUGGGCUCUCCAUCAUCAGCUGUGCCUGCCCAGCCACCCCAGCCUCACUCCACAGAGGACUCCCACCUGGUGGACCAAACUGGGCAGCCGCUCUAUGAGCUGCAGCCCCUUGGAGGACCCACUGCACCCAUGAUGAUUGUUGCCAGCCAGUCAGAAAAUGGGCAGGUGCUGCAUGUCAUCCCUACUACCCAGCCAGAAAUGGCCCAAGUGAUUAUUCCUCAAGGUCAGCUUUUGGAUGCGACCAGCACGCAGGAUGUUUCAGAGGAGAAGUGUGGUGAUGGGAACUUACAGACUGUAGUGGUGGCUGCUAUAGCGGACAGUGGAAGCAGUUACAUUCUACAUCCACAGACAUCUCUCACUGUAUCGAAAAAAACAACCACCAGGGUAGUGGAAGAUCCCUUUCCUGUCCCUCUCCAGCUAUUGCCACCAAAUAUACCUGCAUGGGCAUGCUGUCUCAGGAGCUGUGAGAAAAUUGGGGACUCAUACCGCGGCUAUUGUGUGAGCGAGACAGAAUUAGAGAGUGUUCUAACGCUACACAAGCAGCAAACACAAAGUGUGUGGGGGACGCGCCAGUCUCCAAGCCCAGCCAAACCCGCCACACGGUUGAUGUGGAAAUCUCAGUAUGUCCCAUAUGAUGGGAUCCCCUUUGUCAAUGCAGGAAGCAGAGCCAUUGUAAUGGAGUGCCAAUAUGGGCCAAGGAGGAGAGGGUUCCAGCCCAAAAAAGCUGGUGAGCAGGAAGGCACCUCUUGCCAUCUGUACAAAGCCACUUGUCCAGCAAGGAUCUAUAUUAAAAAGGUUCAGAAGUUUCCGGAAUACAGGGUUCCUACUGACCCUAAAAUUGACAAGAAAAUCAUAAGAAUGGAGCAGGAGAAAGCAUUCAACAUGCUGAAGAAGAACUUGAUAGAUGCUGGUGGUGUCCUCAGGUGGUAUGUACAGUUACCCACUCAGCAAGCCCACCAAUAUCAUGAAAUGGAAACAUCUUGCCUCCCUUCUUCACCCUCCCAAUUUUCUGUGCCUUCUCCUGAGGAGGAGGAGGAAGUUGUUGGAGAUGAGAACUGUAUUCUGCCUUCCCGACUUCAUCCUCAAGUAGCAGACAAGAUCCGAGAACUGGUGUCUCAGGGAAUAGAGCAGGUCUAUGCAGUGAGGAAGCAACUGAGAAAGUAUGUGGAAAGAGAAUUAUUCAAGCCUGAUGAAGUGCCAGAAAGACAUAACCUGUCCUUCUUUCCCACUGUGAAUGACAUCAAGAACCACAUUCAUGAAGUGCAGAAGUCCCUCAGGAACAGCGAGAUGGUGUAUAAUUCAGAAAGUAUCCCAGCAACACUGCAGUGGACCACAGACAGUGGGAAUGUUCUCACAGAAACAGUGACUGUUACAUUUGCCUCGCCACCUUCAGAUGGGAGCUCAGCAGGGGAGUCACUUGUCACCAAAGCAGAAGCCAACCAGAGUGGGGAGUCCUUUCUACCAGAAACAGCUCAGCUAUUGUCUUCCCUCUCUUCAUUUCAGCCCAAGAUAUUUGCACAACUUCAGGGAUUACAGCUGCAGUCAACUUUUACCUCUACAAAUGGAUCAACAGCCCUGAUAGCUGUAAAUAACCAUUCCCCUCCCAGCCCUGCAAGUCUCCUAGGUUCCACAGGGAGUGCAGUAACCAACCAUCCUCUAUUACUUAGUCAGGGACACAGUCUGCAAGCAGGUGCUGACCUAACACAGCAUAGCACUACUACCUCUGCUUUUGGGACUCCACCUGGCCCUGAUCAGAAUCUGGUCACCAUGAGCCAGUUGGUAGCAGUUGGAGGGGUGGAUGAUUCCAGAAGCCUAGGAGGAGGAGUCCAUCAGAUUCUCUUGGGAGAUGUACAGACUAUUCCAGUACAGAUUGUGGACAGCCAUCCAGCACUUGCUGAAGAAAAUGCAGAGGGAGUUAUCUGUGUGAGCCAAGUUAAACAAGAGCCAAGAGAAAAAGUAUUGUCUGUGGAGCCAGAUAAAAUCAGAGGCUUCCAUGGUUCCUCACCUGUCUAAGUCUGUGAAGGCUGGAAGGAUUUAUUCAAAUCAGAGAACUCCACAUGGAAAGGUGCUCUCAAAGUAAUGCCAUUCUUUUUAAAUUGUUUUGUGACAUUCAGACUAGGCAUAUUUUUACAGUAGUUCUGACAGCUCUUUUAUGACUGAUGUGGCUCACUGCCAAUGCCAGGUCAUUCAGUUGCCCUGUGGAACAGCACCUCACUUCUGUUUCAAGCUUUUGACUAAUUGGAUGUUAUCCAAAUGGCCCAUUUUGGUCAACAUUUCUAAAGGUCUUCCACAAUUUAAUUCCUUAGCUUUAGAAUAUGGAUCACAGUACUGGGUUUACUUUUCUCCUUGAGACUUUCGACUCUUAUGGCACUACAGAGACCAUAGAUUCCUCCAGCUCCAAGACCACAGAAUCCAACAGCACAGUGUAUCUAUACAGCGGUGGUUUUGUGACAAAAUGAAGGUCCAAGAUGCUAAAUUUCAAAGUGAUGAAGGACAUAGAUGCUUAAGCAAAUGCAACUUUGACCUGAUCAUAAUGUUAAUGGUGUGAAGAUCAAGGAGAGGAGAAAGUAAUGGUCUAUGUUGUGGUUAUGGGGGCCCAUGGGGAGAAAUGCAAGAGCUACAGCAGGGCAGUGGUUUCUGGGAAUGAAGGAGAACAAGUAGGACAACACCAGGGAGACCAGAGAGAAGAAGUUCCUGAAGGUCAGAAACUACCCAGCAAGUCUCUCCAACAAGCAACAACUAAGCUGUUCUCUCUGCUUGCCCACUGAAGAAGUUGUACAAUCCUCCAAGGGACAUGGAGAUCAUGAACAAGAACAGGAAUCAUUCCAAACUGUCUUCCAAAGCCACCAUGUUCGGAGUCUGAAAGAUGACACUCGAGUUUUCUGAAGUGUGCAGGUGUUCCUCCUUGGCUUCUGCUUUUAGCUCUUAGUUCACUGUGUGUUGGAUGUUUUCUUAGGAUCGCUUACCUCUGAGGGUACUCCAGUUAACUGGCAAGAAACCAGAGCCAAGAACAGAAGAGGAAGUGAAGUUGUAAAAAGCUGCUUGCAGGAGAUAGAAAGCUCUUAAAGUUUACAGCUCAAGAUUGCAGAGUUUGUUUCUGGCUGAAGUGGUUCACUUUAAAUGGGAAACAUUUUUUUUAAUAUAAAGCUUUUUAUUGUUGAUUUUGAUGCUAUUUGUGCUCUGAGCUCAAUUCUAAUAAAAGCUAGAAUGCUAAUUGCAUAUAUUUGCUUUUA